UCCCAGCACACCUUAAUCGGCUUUCUGGCCGGUGCACCCCGUCUGUAGUGUGGGUCGUCGGGGCCGGAGCCCGCAGAGCCGCCGUCCUCCUCCCAACACCCGCCUGCCUCCCUCCCCCCUGCUCUCCUCUCCACUCCGGGUUCUUGCCGUCUAGGCUCCGGGGUCUGGCUAGAGAUGCCGUCGGAGAGCGGGGCUGCGAGUCCGGACGCAGCAGCGGUGGCGGCGGCUGCAGCGGCGCCCCCGGCCCUGGUCACCCCCGCCGCAGCCCCUACCUUUAAACGAGAUGGCCCAAGUCCGGAGUGUUCCUCCGGGGCCGCACGACUGCGCUUCAGCCGGUUGAGCUGGACACAGGUGCAGAGACUGGACGCUCUUCUGGGCGAGGAGGUCCCCAUCCACGGACGCGGUAACUUUCCCACGCUGACGGUACAGCCACGCCAGAUCGUGCAGGAGGUCCGUAGCCGCCUGGAGCAGCUGAAGGUCCACGUCCACAGCGUCCGCCUCAACGGCUCGGCUGCCAGCCACGUCCUGCACCAGGAUAACGGCCUGGGCUACAAGGACGUGGACCUCAUCUUCCGCGUGGACCUGCAGGACGAGGCCGCCUUCCAGCUGGUGCGGGACGUGGUUCUGGACUGCCUCCUAGACCUGCUCCCGGCCUGCGUGAACCGGACCAAGAUCACGCCGCAGACGCUGACCGAGGCCUACGUGCAGAAGCUGGUCAAGGUGAGCACGGACGCCGACCGCUGGAGCCUCAUCUCCCUGUCCAACAACAGCGGCAAGAACGUGGAGCUGAAGUUCGUGGACCGCCUGCGGCGCCAGUUUGAGUUCAGCGUGGACUCUUUCCAGAUCAUCCUGGACUCGAUGCUCCUGUACGGCCAGUGCUCGUCCACCCCCAUGUCGCAGGCCUUCCACCCCUCGGUGACGGGCGAGAGCCUGUACGGGGACUUCGAGGAGGCUCUGGAGCACCUGAGGCGCCGGCUGAUCGCCACCCACAAUCCCGAGGAGAUCCGGGGCGGGGGCCUGCUCAAGUACUGCCACCUGCUGGUGCGCGGCUUCCGGCCCUGCCCCGGCACCGACACCCAGGCGCUGCAGCGCUACAUGUGCUCGCGCUUCUUCAUCGACUUUCCGGACUUGGGGGAGCAGAGGCGCAAGCUGGAGCGCUACCUGCAGGCGCACUUCGGCGGGGGCACGGGGCCCGCCUCCUACGCCUGCCUGGUGACCCUGCACCGCGUGGUGAACGAGAGCACCGUCUGCCUCAUGGGCCACGAGCGCCGCCAGACGCUGGACCUCAUCGCCAUGCUGGCCCUGCGGGCGCUGGCCGAGCAGGGCCUCGUGGGCGGCGCCGCCCUGGCCUGGCACUACCCGCCCGCUUCCUACCCCGGCGGCGACGGGGCCGCCCCCGCCCUCAACUACUACGUGACCCCCCUGCAGCCUCUGCUGGCCUGCGCCCACUCCUCCUACCCCACGUGGCUGCCUUGCAGCUGAGCUGAGGGGGGGCGGGGCCGUCCUCGCCGCGGGACCUGCGCCGGGGGUCCGCGGCCGCGCCAGGCUCUGGCUCUGUUAGACGGACGAUUUGCUGUUGGGUUGAGGGAGGGGGUGUGGGUUGGGGUGUCUGAGGGCUUGUUAGUGAUCGAGUCCAGCCUAGAGGGGGUCGGGGCCACGGCCUUGGGGGAUGGAGGGAGCCGUUCCCAGGACUCCAUUCCUUGCGUGGCAGAAAACCUCCAGGAGAACAAACUGCCGCCUCCGAAGGGGCCGCCUCCCUCCACGCAUGGAGUGUGGGGGGAACAGCAAGAGGCCAGGGCGGAGCCUGAGGAACGGGGGGCGGGGCCGCAGAUUUGGGGCUGAUACGCGUGUGGCCAAGACUAGGGGGGAGGGGAUUCUCGGGAGAGGAGCCGCAUUUCUAAGCUUCCCCGGGUCAUCCUCCUCAUCGGCCUUGACGAGGACCUCUCACUGCCUAGGGCCCAGCUGGGCCACCACUAGCCUGGAAAGAAAGGAAAGAACUCGGACAUUGGGGGGUCCGGAGCCACGGGGAGCUGGCCACCUGGGCGGAUUUGGCCAUCUAGUACUUGAGUUAGGGGGGCCGGGGAUGGCAUCGCGCCAGCCCAGCCUAAAGCCAAACGAUACCCCGUGAUACCUGCACUGGCAGCCUGGAUUUCCUCCUCCCCCAGCAUUCCCCUCGAGGAAGACCUGACCGCAGGAAAACUGGAUAGAGACGGUGAGCUGGGGAGGAAAGGGUUAUUUGCAGGCUGGGGCAGCCGGGUACCUCGGUGCCAGAUCCGGACUCGGAAGCCUCCUAGCUGUGUGACGUCACUUGGCCCCGUCUGCCUCAGCUUCUCAUGUGUAAAAUGAGCAGGAUGACAUACCAACCCAAACCCAGGGGGAUGGGACACCUGGAAACUACUCAACAUCUCGAUGCGCCCCCUCCUUGGGGAGGGGCCGGUCCCAGUCUUGGCGUUUUUGAUUGUUUUUGUUCACUGUGGUGGGGAAAGGGAGGGGUGCUUGGAUAAGGAGCCCCCCUCCCCCCCACCCUAGCUACUCCAAAUCUCCCUGUGAACUCCAGUGUUUUACUCCCCAGCGGAGUUAGGUCUUAGAUUGUAAAGAUUUCUCCCUCAAGAGCCAAGCCUUGACCCCGCAAUGAGUGGUUUGUUUGGAGCUAUAGGGGAUGGUACUUUCCCAAGGGUGAUUGGGGGGGGGGGUCCUUCCUUUUCAUCUCCCCCUCCCAGAUUUGAAUCGUUUUCUCCAGACUCUUAGGCGUGACUUAUUCCCUGAAGUAGAAGGGGCUAUGAAGGUCCCACUUUAUUCCUUAGAAGCCCAAACACUCGCCACUCCUGAAGGGAAGAGGGUGGCCCUGGUAAGUGACCCUGGGAUAGGACAUCAGGCCAAUUAGACCCUGAGAGGGGGUGGAGCUGGGAAGGUGCCAACUAACUCUGGGUAUACCCCUUCCCUCAGGAGCCCAACUCCCCCACCUCUGGGUGCUAGGUGUUCUUGAGGGGGGAGGUCAUUAAGGAAGGAGGGAAUCUGGAGUUCCAGUUUAGAACUGUCUGAGGGGUCUCAGGUGUGGGAGGGAGAGACAGCAGGACUACUGAACCCACGAACCUCUCAUGAAAUAAAAUAAUAAAGUUUCUAUUUUCUCUA